AUGCAUGCAACAAAGUUAGCUAAUAUCGGUAUUAAAUAUCUUGGUGAUCUACAAUUAGAUGAUCUUUAUCAAUUACAAGAUGAAUUAAAUACAUUAUGGAAAAAUGGUCAAUCAACAAUAUCAAAUAAUUUAUAUGAUAAAAUAGUUGAUAGUAUUAAUUAUGAAAUAACACAAUUGAAGAAUGAUCCAUAUAAUUAUGCUGUUACAAAAACUGAUAAUGAAUUAAAAAAACUUAUUGAUUAUUUAACUAAUUUACAUUCUCGAGGACAAUCUCCUAUUGAAAAUUCUAUAUGGGAUAUUCUUAAUCAUGAAUUAACAAUGCGAAAUACAAUUAAUUUUAAUUCAUCAUUAGCACAUCCUUCACAUUGGACAACAAUGUCAUUAAGUGAAAAUCCUAUUCAAUUUAUAAAAUUAUGUCGAUCAUCACAAGAAUUUCAAGAUAUAUCAAAUUUUUUUUCAAAAUCUCUUCAAAAAUCAUCAACAGUUAUUUAUUCAAUAAUUCGAAUACAAAAUCUUCGACUUUGGAAUAUUUUUCAAGAAUUACAAAAAAUAAUUCCUAAUAAUAUUCAACGUCUUUUUCAUGGUACAGCUUCAAUUUCGCAUCAAAAAUUAAUUAUGUACCAUGGUUUUUAUCAUAGUUUUUGUCCUGGUGGUCUUAUUGGUGAUGGAGUUUAUUUUGCAGUAAAUGCUAAUUACUCUAAUAAUGAUUCAUAUGUAUUAAAAAAAACAAAUCAUCGAAGAGAAUUAUUUAUUUGUCAAGUUUUACUAGGAAAUUCAAGUCAAGGUGGUUCAGGUGUUAAAUCACCAGCACAAGGAUGUCAUUCAGUAUUUCAUCAUAAUAAUACUCGAAAUGAUAUGUUUUGUAUAUUUAAUAGUUAUCAAGCAUAUCCAGAAUAUAUUGUACAAUAUGAUUAUGAAUAA